CCUCCCUCCCUCCUCGGCCAGCCAGCCAGCCAGCCGGCCGGCCCUGGGGGUCUGCGCCAGCAACAAGUUAUUACCGCAGACAUGGACCAAGGAACCAGAGGCCGCCCAGAGGCCCGCGGUCCAUGAGCUGCAGUUCAAGGCUGCAGGACACUGGGUCACCAUGGGGAGAGCUGCCCUGGGCCUUCUCUGGGCAGUGCUCCUGUUCCCUGUCUCCACAUCUGGAAUCCCCACUGAGGAGCCCACGUCUGGGGAAGCCGUGGCCUCCAGGUCCUCCAGGCACUGUCGACGAUGCUGUGACCCCCAGGACCCCCUGGUCCUUGCUGAUGCCCCCGAGGUAUCCUCGGCCUCUCCGUCUGCCCUGCCCUAUGUGCUGCCUGAGGUCAGGCCCUACGUUAAUAUCACCAUCCUAAAGGGUGACAAAGGGGACCGAGGCCUGCUGGGCACACCCGGGAAGCUGGGCAGGGAGGGACCCCGGGGGGAACGCGGCCCCCAGGGCACCAAAGGUGCCAAGGGGCAGGCGGGCAGCCCUGGCAGCCCGUGCCAGAUGCGCUUCUCGGCCUUCUCCGUGGGCCGCAAGACGGCCCUGCACAGUAGCGAGGGUUUCCAGCCGCUGCUCUUCGACACGGUCUUCGUGAACCCGGAUGGGCACUUCGACCUGGCUGCCGGCCACUUCGUCGCCCCCCUGCGUGGCCUCUACUUCUUCAGCCUCAACGUGCACAGCUGGAACUUCAAGGAGACCUACGUGCAUGUCGUGCACAACGACAAGGCGGCCGUCAUCCUGUACGCGCAGCCCAGCGACCGCAGCAUCAUGCAGAGCCAGAGCGUGAUGUUGGCCCUGGCCCCGGGGGACCGCGUCUGGGCGCGGCUCUUCAAACGCGAGCGUGAGAAUGCUGUCUACAGCGAUGACAUUGAUACCUACAUCACCUUCAGUGGCCACCUCAUCAAGCCCGAGGAUGAUUAGUGCUUCCGGGGGCGCAGCUCCGAUGUGCGAUGGCCAUGGGCAGGUCUGUCCCCUGCGGGGCCUCAGUUUGCCUGUCUGUAAAGUGGGCCCUGGGACCUGGCAUUCUGGGCAGACUUCCUUCGCUUUCCUUUCCUCCGUCAUCCCUCCCAGGCUCUCUGUUUCUGCCUCUCUCCUCUCUUGGACAUAUUUCAAGAAACCUCCCUAAUCUAAAUCUUCUAGAAUUUUCCCGGACUUUUAGGCCAGCCCUUCUCAAACUUGAACGUGCCUACGAAUCACCCAGGGAUUGUGCUAAAAUGCAGAUUCAGAUUCAGCAUGUGUGGAGUGGGCCCAGGAUUCUGCAUUUCUUUAUUUUUAUUUUUUGCUUUUCAGGGCCACACCUGCGGCAUAUGGAGGUUCCCAGGCUAGGGCUCGAGUGAGAGCUGUAGCUGCCGGCCUACAUACACCACAGCCACAGCCACAGCAACACAGGAUCUGAGCCACAUCUGCAAUCUAUACCACAGAUCAAGGCAACACCAGAUCCUUGACCCACUGAGCAAGGCCAGGGAUCGAACCUGUGUCCUCAUGGAUGCUAGUCAGAUUCGUUAACUGCUGAGCCACCACAGGAACUCCAGGAUUCUGCAUUUCUAAUACACUCCUGGGUGAUGCUGGUGCUGUUGGUCUAUGGACCUUACUUGAGGAACCCGGUUCUAUCACUUUAGCAAUAUUCCAGUACUUUCUGAUCAUCCUGGAGUCUUCCACUCAUUCUAGAAUCUUCCCAACAUCCUUCAAUUCUCUCAUCCUUUUAGGACACGCUCUCCUCUGGCUCUUGCCCCUUCUCCCUUCUCUCUCACUCUUGUCUGCAUCCCCACUUGUGUAGCCGCAGUUCAUGUACUCAUUCAUCAAACACUCACUGAGCACUCACUCUGCACCAAGCGCUAGGGAGGCUGAGGUGAACCAGACAGAGGCCUUACUCUGGGCGAGCGCCUAGUCCAGCCAGGGCAGGGAGACCCAGAGGAUUCUGAAAACAGACCUAGAGAAACGCAUGGGGCUCUCAUCACAUAAAUCUGUGUCCUGGGCGUUCAGACUCUGUAGCCCCUCAUUACCCGCCCCUCCCCAAGGUUGGUGGGAUAAGGUACCUGAGCUGGGGGGUGUCCUCUGCCUGUUUCUCUCUUUUCUGCCCAGUGCCCAUCAUUACAGCAAACCCAGAGGGGCCUUGGUCAGGGGGAAAGUGCUGUGAGGAUAAGGCCCCGGAGCUUGGGGGCAUUUGGGGAUAAGGGGUCCCCCGGGGAAGGGAGUCGAGGCCCUUAGCUCCCCACAUGGGGGGCGGAUGGUAGCCUGCGAGGACUCCCACCCUCCUCAGUGCAUCCCCCUACCCCAUGCCCCACGCCCAGGCCGCUGUCAGGGCCAUGCUCAGCCUGCUUUGCCAAAGGUGCCUGGGCCUCAGUUUUCCGUGGCUCCCGCCGGCCACUAUCAGACACUGAUGUCUUUCCCCAGGUGUCUGACCCCGCCUUGGCCUCUCCAGCCCGGUGCCCCCUGACCCCCAGGCUCUAUUAAGGUGCUGAGGCCCUGGUGGGCAGCUCCUGCCCAGUGGAGACCCCUCUGGCCAGUUGCUGUCAUUACAACCGCUGCUGCAAUGAGCCAGAAUGGAAGGUAUUAGGCUUUGGACCCCUCAGCAGGUCUGGGGAACCAAAGCAGGCAAUGUUCCAUGUCUGGUGGGGGGACCCUCCUCUGAGCCACGAUGCCAAGGGAGGCACUGGGAGAGGCUGAGGCCAAGCGAGGGACAUCGCGACUUCUGUCCCUUCCCCUCUCCCAGGGUGGGACAGCUUUCCUCUCCCCAGACCCUAGGCAGCCUGAACCUCUCCCCAGAAGGGCGGCCUCCGCCCAUUGGUGCUUAUGCAGCCUCAGGGGCAGAGGUGGCCCUGGGGUGGUUUCUGGUGCUUACUCCUGGCCAAGGGACCCCUGGCUGUGUGGCUGUGUGACGGCAGCAGGGCCCCACCCAGCCCUAGGAAGGCUGGUGCUAAAUGACCACCUCCCCAGCCCGACCUGGCCCCUGCCCGGCUUAUCCAGCGUGAUUAAAAGCUGCGUGUCUUCUUGGCA